AUGAGCCCAAAAAUGAAGGAAAAAACUAUCGACGGAUUCGACUCAGUCGAGACCUCUCCAGACCAUUCAGAAAUAGAUCUGCAGUUUGAGAGGCGUCUCAUUCGUAAAAUGGACCUGCGCGUCUGUCCUUGGGUAAUGCUGGUAUACCUUGUAUCAUUUCUCGACCGAGUUAACAUUGGAAACGCACGCCUAUUCGGGCUUGAAGCCGACCUCGGAAUGGCCGGCUCGCAAUACCAAACGGCCGUAAGCGUCUUGUUUGUCACAUACCUCCUGUUCGAGGUUCCAAGCAACCUCGUCAUCAAAAAACUCAGACCAUCACGAUACGGCAAGUUCGCGUUUAUCACAUUUGCGUGGGGAAUCGUAGCCACGCUCACCGGAAUCGUCCAAUCGUACGGCGGAUUGAUAGCAUGCAGACUCAUUCUCGGACUCUUCGAAGCUGGAUUAUUCCCGGGGAUGGCCGUUUACCUUACGUUUUGGUACACGCGAAAAGAGCUCGCGCUCCGAAUUGGGUAUUUGUUCGUUUCGUCGGCGCUAGCUGGGGCAUUUGGGGGAUUGUUGGCGACCGCGAUCGGACAAAUGGAUGGGGUGGCUGGACAGAGAGGGUGGCGGUGGAUUAUCAUCAUCGAGCAAGUCAUGUUUCCCGCCUAUGGGUCUCGCGAGAGCCUCGUAAUCCCAUUUGUUCUACCCGACAGUCCGGAUACGGCACCAUGGCUCACUCCAGCUGAAAAGGCAUACAUCCGAGCUCGCAAGUUGCGCCAACAAGGCGAAACGGCCGACGCCCAAAAGUUCCACUGGAGCGACGUUCGUAAAUGCUUUAUGGAUCCCAAGGUAUAUGCAUUCGCAGCAGCCCAAUUCGGAUUUGGGCAGAUGGAACGCUACGCAAACUCAACUCUUCCGUGUUAUUCUGGCGCAAUAACGUACCUCGUCAUCGCCUUUCUUUCGGACCGAUACCAGAUCCGAGGAUGGUUCUGCGUAGCUGGCGGAGCGGUAUCUGUGCUCGGGUACAUCAUCCUGCUUGUGCCCGUUUCGUCGGGCGUGCAUUACAUGGGAUGUUUCUUUGUUGCAAUGGGUCUCUACGUCGUGGUCGGAAUCCCGCUCAGCUGGCUCCCGAAUAAUAUACCCCGGUACGGAAAACGAACGAGCGCGACUGGGUUCCAGCUCAUGAUCGGCAACGCAUCGGGCGUCAUGGCCCCCUUUUUAUACGCGACCAACGAGAAACCGCGUUAUAUCCGAGGACACGCGGUGAGCUUGGCCAUGGUCGCGUUCGCGAGCGCUGUCUAUGCUGUACUCGCGGUUGUCUAUUCGCGAAUCAAUGCGCGCCGAUCAACGGGUAAAGAAGACUAUAAAUUGGCGGGCAAGACGGACGAAGAGGUCGAUGCGAUGGGUGACGAGUCGCCCCGGUUCAGGUGGGUCCCAUCCUUCGAUUGCCUUGGCGAGACGAAAUGA